AUGUUCCUGGAUAUCAAGGCUCUCGUCCUCCCUGGCCUUGCAGCCCUCGUAGCCACCCACGCGGCUGCCAUCCAGAGCAAGAAGCCAAACAUCAUCGUCAUCCUCACCGACGAUCAAGACACCAGUACUCUCAACAAGCGCGAAUACCUGCCAAAGAUCAACCAACAUCUCGUCGACCAAGGCGUCCUUUACGACAACUUUUUUGCCCCCGUCAGCGUCUGCUGUCCCAGCCGAGUCUCUCUUCUGCGAGCUCAGUACGCUCACAACCACAAUGUCACGUUCGUCUCCAAACCUUGGGGUGGAUGGGAGAUCUUUAACAACCUUGGGUAUCAUGGACAUACUGUUCCCGACUUUGUGCAAGCUGCUGGUUACAACACUUACUAUACCGGCAAGUUCAUGAAUGACCACACAGAUAAGAAUUGUGAAUCAUUACCUGUUUCGGGUUUCAACUCUUCAGACAUCUUGUCAGGAGACGACACUUACCUCUCCGCAGACCCCUACACCUACGACUACUGGACACCUGCCUUCUCUCGCGACAGUAAGCCCCAUCCUCCCACUUCUAAAGAGUACUCGACUUCUCUCGUUCACGAGAAAGCCCUCGCCUACAUCGACGAUGGCCUCAAGGACGACCGUCCCUUCUUCCUCACCAUCGCCCCCGUUGCCUGCCACUCUUGCAAGUUUUCCUUUCUCCUUGGUGGAACCAAGCUGAUGAGAUAUACAGGGCUUUCGCAUACCCACAAGCUCGACAACAUCUCCGACGGCCGCAUCGUCGCCGAUAUCCCCCCCGGCCACCCCAGACACGCUGCCAAGUUCCCCGUCGAGACUAUCGAACGCCGGGAGAACUGGAACCCGGAUUUCCCCACCGGCGUCUCGUGGGUCAAGCACCUCGACAAGCUUAAUACAACACAUGAGAAUUACUUGGAUGACUUUUUCAGGGGCAGGUUGAGAGCUUUGCAGUCGGUGGAUGAGAUUGUGGAUGAUGUGGUGCACAAGCUCGAGGCUGCCGGGGAGCUGGACAACACUUAUAUAUUUUACACCGCUGACAAUGGCUAUGCCCUCGGAUCCCAUCGCCGCCAACCAGGCAAAACUCUUGGCUUUGAAGAAGACAUCCACGUCCCCCUCAUCGCCCGCGGUCCCAACAUCCCCUCUGGUUACCGCGACACUCUUUCUUCUUACGGUACCGUCGACCUCGCCCGCACCAUCCUCGACAUUGCCGGUGCAAAGACCGACUAUGAAGAUGACGGCCGAAAGAUCAACUUGCACCAAAAGGGAGAGGAGAGGGUGGAACAGAGGGUUGCUAGGCAUGCUAUCAGCGAGUAUUGGGUGUUGGCGGUGGAUGAGGGAGUGUUUGGGUCGCAUGUCCGGGAUAACAACACGUACCGAACACUCCGAGUCCAUGACGAUACAAACGACAACCCCUUCUCCUACUCUUACUCUGUCUGGUGUACCGGCGAACGCGAGCUGUACGACCUGGUGGAAGAUCCUUCUCAAGUCCGCAACCUCCUCGCGCCUCUGAACGAUAUCGCUCCUUUCGCACCAUUCGAUUCUCUCACCCCCUCCGGUAAUCCAGUCUUGCACCACACUUUACAAAAGCUGUUGAACCGCCUCGACGCCCUCCUCCUCGUGCUCAAACGCUGCUCCGGCGAGACGUGCCACAACCCUUACGUAUCCCUCUUCCCCCCUGCUUCGCACUACCAAACAGGCGGAGAAGUAUGGAGCUUUGAGCAAGCGCUGGAAGAGAAAUAUGACGAGUACUUUGAGGGGCUGUUGAAAGUGAGGUUUAGCAAGUGUGCGUUGGGAUUCCAGGAGGAGGUGGAGAAGCCGGAUUGGAGGAAGGAGUGGGCUUUUGGCGCUACGGCUGGGGCUGUUGGGGGGACUGGGUUGAGGAAUGAGGUCUUCGGAGAUGGGCUUGUCUUUCAGGGACUUUGA